GUGUUGGCUUUAGAGAGACAGGUCUUUGACUUCCUGGGUUACCAGUGGGCCCCGAUCCUCGCCAACUUCUUCCACAUCAUCAUGGUCAUCCUCGGCCUCUUUGGCACCAUCCAGUACCGGCCGCGCUACAUCGUGGUGUACACGGUAUGGGCCGCUCUGUGGGUGGCCUGGAACGUCUUCAUCAUCUGCUUCUACCUGGACGUAGGAGGCCUGUCCAAGGUGAGAAUUAUCACAGUCUGCCGUCGUCAGCGGAGUCGGGUGGCUUCGCUGUGAUGAAUAUUUCUUUUUCUCACUGAGUUCACGGUUGUAGUCUGUUGGUGGGGUGGGAGCGAAGGCUGAUUUAUAUCCCAUGUGUUUUAUGAGUUGGGCACCAACACCGCAGGUGUCUUUUUGGAAGCGCUGAGAACUUCGUCGUUUGGGGGUGAUGCUGUGUAUCAGCGAUGAGAUUCUCCUCCUGACGUCCUGAUGUUGUUGAAUCAGAAAUGAAGUGAAAAAAGUGUUGCAGGAAUCUGUGGUCAACAAAAGCUCGCAGAUAGUACCUAGACCAAACGCUUACUCUGUAUGAAUGAAUGUAUAGUAACUAUAGACUGGCGCUCUGUAGUUACUAUGAACAGUAACGCUGCUGCUGCCAUAUUUAUGCCUAGGUGACGUUAUUUUGAGUGUUGAUGGAGCA